AAAUUGCCAUGCCAUCUACGACAGAAAAUAAUCAGUCGAGUGGCGAAAUAACAAAGAAAACACAAGUGUCGAUAUUGAGACGGAAAGCAACGGAACAGAGAGAGUAGCUAUAUGACUAUCUAUGAAGUCGCCGGAACCGGAGAGGCGGAGGCGCCGCUUCUCGAUUGCCACGACGUCGUUUCGGGAUCUGUGGACUAUAAGGGCCGGCCUUCCGUCCGCUCCAAGUCCGGGUGCUGGAAGUCGUCUCCUUUCGUUAUAGGAGUUGGAGUGGCGGAGAGAUUUUCCUACUUCGGAGUGAGUGGGAAUCUGGUGAGCUAUUUGACGGGGAAGUUGGGGCAGCCGACGGCGACGGCGGCGGCCAUGAUGAACGCGUGGUUCGGAGUGUCGUCGCUUUUGCCGGUCGUCGGAGCACUGUUGGCCGACUCCUUCACCGGCCGCUUCCGGAUGAUUAUUGCUUCGUGUGUGCUUUACGUUUCGGGGCUUACGCUGUUGGUGGUGUCGGCUUCGCUCAACACAUACGAUCCCUCAAAAUGCCAACCUGUGGGAGUCCUCACUAGUGCAUGCCAUCCAGACCAGGUGGUGCUCAUCUUCUUCUUCUCCUCGCUAUACUUGGUCUCGUUGGCGCAAGGAGGAUUCACGCCCUGCGUGCAAGCAUUCGGGGCCGAUCAAUUCGACGACGCCGACGAAUACGAGGGCACCGCAAAAAGUUCCUACUUCAACUGGUGGUACUGCGCCCUCGUCGGCGGCAUUUUGGUGCCUCUCACCAUUGUCAACUACAUUCAGGACAAUGUCAGUUGGGUGCUCGGCUUCGCCAUCUCCGCCGUCGUCAUGUGCUUUGCCCUCGCCCUCUUCUUCUUCGGAAUCCCCACUUAUCGAUUCCAAUCAGCCAAGAACACCACUAAUCCCUUUCUCCGAAUCCAUCGGGUUUUCGUCCAGGCAGUCAAAAACUGGAAGGCUUCCCCUGCCCCUUCCCCUGCUUCUGUUGAAGAAGAUGGACUGCCAAUUCUGCCUCGCCAAGGUUCUCAAUUCAAGUUUCUUGACAAGGCUUUGCUGGCGCCGGACCAGGACGAAAAGCACGGCGCCGUCAGUGUCGACGAUGUAGAGGAUGCUAAGGGUAUUCUCCGGCUGAUUCCGGUCUGGUUUGCCUGUUUGGGAUACUCCAUUGUCUACGCUCAGCCUUCGACUCUCUUCACCAAGCAAGCCACCACGUUGGACCGCGUCAUCUUCUCGUCGUUGCAGCUGCCGGCAGCGUCGCUGCAGAAUUGCUUCACGGGUCUCUCCAUUGCCAUAAUGCUCCCAAUCUACGACCGCGUGUUCGUCCCGAUGGCCAGGGCGAUCACAAAGAAGCCAUCAGGCAUCACGACGCUGCAGCGGAUCGGGGUCGGGCUGACUCUAUCUCUAAUCUCUAUGGUGUUUGCCGCGGUGGUGGAGAGGCGGCGGCUGGCGGUGGCCCGGGAGCACGGAAUGGCGGACAUGCCGGAUGCGGUGGUGCCGAUGGGGUUCUGGUGGCUGGCGCCGCAGUACGUGGUGUCGGGGGUGGCGGACGUGUUUGCAAUGGUGGGGCUGCAGGAGUUCUUCUACGAGGAAGUGCCGGCGGAGCUGAAGAGCAUCGGGCUGGCGCUGUACGCGAGCAUACUGGGCGUGGGGAGCCUGCUGAGCAGCGCCAUGGUGUCGACCAUACAGAAUGCGACGCGGUGGAACGGCGAGGGUGGGUGGUUCUCCGACAACCUUAACAGGGCUCAUCUGGAUUACUUCUAUUGGGUGCUGACGGCCAUUUGCGCCGCUGGAUUUGUCCUCUUCCUUUUCUACGCCAAGUACUUUUAUGUUUACAGGCGCAAAGGGAAGGAAACACAGUGACUAAUUCUUGAUCAAUCCAUUAAACAGGAUUGGUUGAUUUAUACUACUCUACUGUUAUCAUCAUCAUCAUCUUCUUCUUCUUCUAAUUAAGGUGGCAGCCAUGGUUUUUUGGUUGGUGCUGACCUCCCUGGAUUCUACAAUUGUGGAGUAAUAUGUUAGGACCAGAUACUUUUACGUUUUCUUAUAGGACAUUGAAGUUUGAUUGUAAGUGCCGAUCUUUUGUGGCACUGGAACUUGAAUUUUUAUAGUUGCUUGGGUGUGCUUGUUUGUACAUAUUUUUAUGUGAUAUAAAUUAUAGUAUUAUUUUU